AUGAUACUACAUGAUGGCACUAUUGCUGCUUUAACGCGACUCUCAUGUGUUGUUUUAGAUACCAAUUCAGUUGCUUAUAAAGAUAAGUAUUAUCGACAAAUUAAAGCAUAUAUUGACGAUGUAUUUAUGACAACUAAUUUAUCCAAAGGAGAUAUUCUGAAAGAACUUGAUGAAACCAUUAAAACAGAUUCAAAUGUUAAAAUUAGUACUACUAUCUAUCAAUCAUUAGAAUAUCUUAAUGUUACUAUUGAAAAUAAUAAUGGACAUUUAAAAAUAUCUAUUUAUCAUUAA